UGUUAGCAGCAGCUAAUCCCUAUAAAAAGCAGAACAAAUUUGAAGAAAUAUUCAGUUCAACAUUUGAAAUCCAAUAAGGCGUUUGGUCUUCAAUUGAAAUUUUAUUAAAACAUUCAUAAAAGGAUCAACUAAUAAACAUGUCGCGAAACAAUAAAUCGAUGCUGAAGAUCUUGCUCUUGGGGGACGAAAACGUUGGAAAAUCUUCUCUGGUAUAUCGAUAUAUCAAUGAAGAAUAUUCUGGUAAAUGCAAAACAACGAUUGGAGUGGAUCUAUUUAGAAAGGAUUUGAUUCGAAAUCACAAUUUGGUUUCCCUGCAGAUUUGGGACACAUCUGGGUUUGAUGGAUUUAAUAAAAUGGGCACGGCAUUCUAUAGAUCAGCCGAUUGCUGCAUUUUUGUCUUUGAUGUUACGUGUCGAAAAUCAUUCGAAAGUCUUAAUUUUUGGCGGGAUGGAUUUUUUGUAAUGGCAAAUAAAGAGAAUCCUUACGAAUUCCCGGUUACUGUUGUGGCUACUAAAAUUGACUUGGAAAACGAAAGAGAAGUGUCAAAGCAAGAGGCUCAAGAUUGGUGUAAUUCCUUAUCAAUUCCCUACUUUGAGUGCUCCUCGAAGGAUGACAUAAAUGUGCAACAGAUGUUUGAAGCGAUAACAGCCAAACUUGUAGACACCUAUAAGUUAUAAUUUAAAAUGUAUCUGAUUCAUGCAAUUCGAACUUGCCUUUUUUCUAAAUAUCACUGAAUAAAAUUAUACAGAAAACCA